AUAAACUUCCUGGGUUACCUUUUGCAUUUUUGGUUUGGUUGUAUGAAACCAUUCCUUUGUGCUUGAAGGCAAAGUUUUGUUCCUAUGAUUCUGGUAAACCAUAUAGGUUUUGUAGAUGGAAGAGUAUUGGAAAUCCUAAUUCAAGUGAAGUUGAGAAGAAAGUUCUAUCUUCAAAUAAGGUAUUUUUUAUAUUUUGUAAAUUGUUUAUUUGUUGUUUUUAUUAUAUUUUGUAAACUAAUUAUUUUUUUUUUGUUUUGCUAGCUGAAAGGAAAACAUAUUGUGCCUACUGAAGAUGAAAUAAAAGGUUUAUUGGUGCUUACUGGAAUGGAGUUUAUUGGCCGAGAAGAGUCAGAUGAUGACUUUGAUGAUGUUCCAUUCUCAAAGUUUAAUGUUGAUAGAGUUGGAUCUUCUGGUGUACAGAAGGAGUUUACUGGUGGGUUUGAUGUCGAUGGUGUGAUGCGUAAGAUGAAGGAGUUUAUUUCUAGGCAAAAGAAGACUGAUGAGUCUAUUGAAGUAUUGAAUAAUGUGUUGGAGGGUAGAUUCAAGGAGUUGCAGUUAAGUCUUCAGUCGUAUAUUGACUCAAAGAUCAGUGAAGGCUUGGUUUUUUUUAUGGAAUUGAAGUUUAAUGAGUUGAAGGAAGCUAUUGAAAAUGCAAAAAUUUCUAAAGAUGGAAAUGAUAGUCCUGAUGAGAGCGAUGGCAAGAAUGAUGAUUUAAAUGAUGUUGAAGUUUUUGAUGUGAAAAGUCAAGAUGCAAUUGAAACUGUUGGACUCGAUGAGAAUAUCCAAUAUACUCAGGUUUUUAAUGAUGAUGCUCCUUCAUUUGAUAUUAUGAGUUUUAUUUCUAGUAAACCUGAUUGGUUUACUGAAGAAAAAAAGAAUACUGAUAAAUUGAAUGAUGAAGAACAGGUUGUUGAUGAUCAUGGCCUAUUUAAGGAUGUUGUUAAAAAAUCUAAGGAGGAUGAAGAUGAUGGUGGUGAUGACCAGGGUUUGGGGGGUGGUGAUGCUGUUAAAGCUAUUGGUUCAGAUGGGACAAAUAAAGACAAUGUUGAGGGAAAGAAUACUGAAGAAGCAAAAGAUGUUGCAGAUGGGAGUAAUAAAGAUAAUGUUGAGGGCAGAGCAGUUGAUGUAGAUGCAAGUGUAAAUGAUGUUGAAGGUGUUUGUAGUAAGGGAAAGUUGUUUGAUAGUCAAGGCACUGAGGAUAGUAUCACUGUGUCUGCUUUGGAGAUUAUAAAUGAAAAGAUUGAUGCCUAUGAGGGAAGCAUUAAAAAGGAUAAGUCUUUAAAUAAAUUAGAGGCAACAAAUGCUGAUGUUUUAUCUACCUAUGGGUUGGACAAGACUGAUGUUGUUGGUGUUGAGAAGAAGCAUGGUUCUCAAGAAAGCUUUUCUGUAUCUACCAUGGAGGUUGUUAAUGAUCAUUUGGUUUCCUAUGAAGACAGUUUGAAAAAGGGAAAGUCUAUAAAAUUGGAGGAAGAAACUCCUACAGUUGGAAAUAGAGAGAGGAAACCUAGUUCUGUAUACAACAGUCCGUAUGCCACAGAAUUUGGUUCAGGUAGUAUUGGUAAACCAAAAGGUGGACGUCCUGGAUCAUGUGCUUUUGGAUUUGGCUUUUUCAAUGUGAUUGAUGAUGUGCAAGCUAAAUCUUUUGAUCAGUGGUUUAAGAUUGGGUUUAAUGAUAAAAACAAAGUGAAGAAGUUUAAAGAAUGUCAUAGGAAGCUUAAGGUUCCAUUGGAUUUUGUGGUUUGUCAAAUUGAUGAUAAGAUGUGGUUCUAUGAUUUGCUUACUGUUGGGAAGAACUUGUCAUGCUCGCAUAUUGAUGUUUGUUUCUACUAUUUGAGAAAGAAGUUAAAGUAUGACCAGUCUGUGAAAAUUUCUGGUAAUACUACUGAUUGCUUCUUUGCUUCUCAAAUUUUUGAAUUAUAUAAUGAGUUUGUUGCAAGUGGUGAAAAUGUUGAUUCGGUUAAGAAGGAUUCUAAGGCAGCUGCAUACAUAGCGGGUUUUUAUAUGUUAUGCAAUAAACCCUGGGCUGAGCUUGAUUUCGUACUAAUGCCUGUUAACGUGAUUGUUCUUGCUCAUUGGAUAUUGUGUAUUCUUGACAUUAAGAUGAGAUGCUUAAAAGUGUUGAAUUCUAUGAGGUUUGGGAGGUACAAGAACAACUCAGAGAGUUUUGUUCGUGCAUUUGCUGUAAUAAUUCCUAUCUUACUGUCACAUGUUAAUUUCUAUGAGGGGAGAAAAGAUAUUGACAGGAGUAGUAAGCACUGGCAAGGUAAAAAAGAUACUGAUGCGUUUGAUAUUGUCGUGGUUGAUAAUUUGCCACAACAAGAGGAUAGUGAUUGUGGUGUUUUUAUCAUAAAGUAUGCUCAUUUCUUCAUGCAUGGAUUGAUUGAUAAGAUUCCUAAGAAGUUGGACAUUGCAUUCACUCGGAAGAAGUUGUGUGUUGAUCUGUUUGUUCAUGCAAAGAAGAAGGAGUUGGGUGGGUACGAGUCUACUUCGGAGCAUCCAGGAAGGAUGCCAUAGUUUUAUGUAAUAGAACAACAUGUUGGAAACCUAGUUUACAUUUUUUUGAACUUUAUGUGUAUUUUUAUGUCAUGUUGUUUUGUUUUUAGGUUUAUGUUUGUGUUUGUUUAAGAAACUGUUUGGAACAGUAAUAUUUUAGGAGACUCUUGCCUAUUUUAAUUUUGAAGUAACCUUUUGGUUUACUGGCACAGUAUGUUUUGCAGUUUUUAUGUUAUGUAUUUCUGUGAGACAAUAUGUUAAUUUUUUGGAUUUAGAAUUUA